AUGGUGCACGCUGCUGUUUCACGCAGCCAAGGUCCGGCGGAAUCGCCCGAGCUUCAGCUUAACGCAUUUCGAGUCCUUUUCGGCUCUAUGGAUAAGCAGGAGCCAGUAGCCAAUGUCGAACAAAAGAUAGGUCUCUCUGAGAAGCCUAAGGAGCAGCCUGUUGCCAGUAAGGAUGAGAAAGCAGCUGUGCCGCCAAUUUCAGUUGAUUCAAAUGCUAUCGAUCUACCAAGUGAAGGCCAAACCCAAGCUGGCAUAUCCAACAUGGAUGGGGGCCAUAAUGGUGCACACAACUUCUAUGCUUCUCAGGCACAGCCAUUCUAUUACCAAGGCUCCGGAUAUGAAAACCCUCCACAAGAAUGGGACACAUAUCCUCCCUACAUGAGUGUUGAAGGAUUGGAAGUGGGCCCACCAGUUGUAUACAAUGAGGACCCCUCAUUGAUGUUCCAUGGUGGCUAUGGUUAUGACCCAUAUGCUCAUUAUUCUCCUAUUGCAACACCUGUACCGACUGCUGUUAGUGGAGAUGGUCAGCUCUACUCCCCUCAGCAGUUCUCCUUCUCGGCUCCUUACUACCAGCAGUCAGUACCACCUGGCAUGCCAUAUUUAAGCUCUCCUACUCCAAUAUCACAGGGUGAUACAAAUACAAUGAUGCCGAUUGACCCAACACAAGGAGCUUUUAUCGCUGAUACCCUGAGUCCAAACAGCUUCCUGUUUGGCCCAAGACCUGAAUGGUUCAGAUCUUCAGAAGGAACUGGGUCAUUUCCAUCACCUGCAGCUUCACCUCAACCUUCUAGUGGUGUUCCAGGGACCUAUGGCCAAAGCAACUUUCCAAUGGCUUCGGGAAUGGCAUCGCCUCACCAGAAGCCCUUCUAUGGUUUGGGAUCCACAAUUGACUCCUAUGGAAGGGGUUUCUCACAUGGUGGAAUGUUCCCACAGGCCAGUAAUUAUGGGGGAUCCUUCACCAGCUUUGGCCUUAAUGGUAGAAGUUCGAUCUCGAUCGAGAAAGGGCGCAGGAGGGGAAGGGGUAAUGCACUUAUUUGCAGCUGCAAUGGCCCACUUGACUUUCUUAACGAGCAAAGUCGGGGUCCACGUGCUACUAAGCCUAAGAAGCAACCAGAGGUUGACAGUAAGGAUGAGAAGGCUACUACAGGAGUUGGUCGUGAGUCAUACAACAGGCCUGACUUUGUUACAGAGUACACGAAUGCCAGGUUUUUCAUCAUAAAAUCAUACAGUGAAGAUAAUGUGCACAAGAGUGUAAAAUAUGGUGUUUGGGCUAGCACCACAAAUGGAAACAAGAAACUGGACUUAGCCUAUCGUGAAGCUAAGGAGAAGGAAGAGCACCGUCCCAUUUUUCUGUUAUUUUCGGUGAAUGCCAGUGCACAAUUCUGUGGUGUUGCUGAGAUGAUUGGACCAGUGGACUUUGAGAAAAGUGUGGAUUACUGGCAGCAAGAUAAGUGGACUGGUCAAUUCCCUGUGAAGUGGCACAUAGUGAAGGAUGUCCCCAAUAAUCUUUUCCGGCAUAUAAUUCUUGAAAAUAACGACAAUAAACCCGUAACAAAUAGCCGAGAUACACAGGAGGUGAAACUAGAGCAAGGACUGGAGAUGCUGAAGAUCUUUAAGAACCAUGAUGAUGAUGCAUCAAUCCUUGAUGACUUUGACUUUUAUGAGGAGCGUGAGAAAGCGCUGCAGGAAAAUAAGGCACGCCUGCAUCAGCAACAUCUACCCAGUUCUAUUGUUGUUGAGCCCAAGAAACCCUUGACUGUACCCACUGACCUCGUGGGCCAUAUCACCAAGAGUUUUGCUCAGGCUGUGCGGCUUGGUGAGGCCAAAACUGUAAGCCCUUUGGCUGAGAAAGUUUCUGGCAGCGAUUCGUCUAUUCCUGUGAAGCCUGUUGAAGUUAAGCAGAGUGGUUUAUCUUAG